AUCCGGAGCUCUACAUAUUGCACAACUGCAGUUUCCGAGCACACAGUGAACGCAGCAGGAUUAUCCACCGGUGCUGAUUCAUCAGAAAGUCGCCCAUCAUCUGUUAAAGACUCAAGAAGAUUUAAAAGCAAACAUGAAUGUUGAUCAUGAAGUGAAGUUGCUGGUGAGGGAGAUUCAACGACUCGGCUCAAAAAAUGAUGAUGGUCAAACCUCUGUGAAGUUCGGUGUCUUGUUCAAUGACGACCAGUGUGCCAACAUCUUCGAGGCGCUGGUGGGAACUCUGAAGGCAGCCAAGAGGAAGAAGAUUGUCAGAUUCGAGGCCGAGCUGCUACUUCAGGGCGUCCACGAUAACGUCGACAUCAUCCUGCUCCAAGAAUGAGACUGAACAGUUUCGACCACGUGGGCUUCUAGCUGCUGUCGGGUUAAUAUUCCAAAUACUGAGCUUCUGCAGUGUACCGGCUCAUCGCUGAGCUUCUGUUUCCAGUUAUCUUCUUUUAUGUACAAGGCUCAGUAUUCCAACUCAAAUAUAAUGACCAAACUGAUCUGAUCAAACUGCACAUUUAUGGACCAAGCUGGAUUUGAUUUCGCUGUGCCAAACAGUAUCACACAAAGGCAUUUAAGAUUACUUACCAUGGGCUAAAUAAUACCCACAUUCAAUUUCAGAUGACGAAAGGAAGUUCUCUCUUUCUCAGGCGCUGCUUUUUUUUUGUCAACUACAGGUCUGACAUGCCAUUUUGAUAUACUUUUAAGACUAUAAACGCACAAAUUAGGAUUGUAAUUAUUUGUCUAAUACUAUUAUCUGGGAGUUUUCUUCAUUUCUAGAAUUCAAAUGCCUCUCUUGAUUGUAUUGUGUCAGGAAACACAGACACUGGGAUAAUGAUACGGGCUAGAUUCAGCAGCUUCUACACAUUUUUAAUCAGAGCACAGAUGCAGACAAACAGUUUGUAGUGACACUUGUUUUUAAAGCAGCACCAGGCAAAUGUCAGUGCAGCUUUAAAUGAGCAGGUAGUGUGUCCAUCGACUGUGUUAACAAAUGGCAGCCUCAUUUAAUGUUUACACGAGCCAUUAAUACUACCUCUUGUGGACUUUGUAUAAGGCGCUAUAAGACCAGUGCUUUUUGGAAGUCCUGAGAACAGUUCCUUCAUAGAAACUCCAGAGACAAAGUGCAUUUCAAGACAGAUUUUUGCACCUUUUUGUACUUACCAAACUGCUAGAGUAGUUUUUAUCCCAUCUUUUUUACAAGUGGUCGAUAAGGAUUUUUUCUCUGCUUAAAAAAAAAACAACCUCCAAAUCUAUUUGCCUUUCGUAAGAAAUAGUCAGUGAGCGAAUGGCGAAUGUGUUUCUUGUGCAAUUGAUAUUAGUGUUUCAUUACAGGGUGAUUGGUGCCAAAUGCAAAAAGAUGAAUUUGUAAUGUUUCUCAGGACAAAAUCGACCAAAAUAUGUUUAAUAAUUGUCCUGUGGCUUAAAUAAGGUGUCUCACUUGUGACACGAGAUGUGCAUUUAUAGUUUUAUUAGUUUUUUUAAUUUUGUUUUUCUGUCUUUGUCUUGUACUGUGCGUCCAAUAAUACUUGCAGAUCAGGUGUGGCAAUUUUGCUUCGUUUCCUAACAUCAGUGUUCUUUAUAUUUGGGUGGUUUAUCAUAUCAGUAAAUAAGUUUGGCUUGAAAAUCAUUGGUUUAAAAUUGUAGCUCAUUAGGCCUCCAUACUAAGCUUGGGGUGGAUUUUUAUGGAAGGUAAAAGUGGCCAAAAUUUAACAGCAGGGCGUGAAAGUAAGACAUUAGAAAACACAUACUUUAAUGUAUAAAAACUGGCAAAAUACGUCUUAACACGACAGUGUGAAGUUUUCCAUUAUUUGUUUCAAACCUAUGUUAAUGAACUUCUGAGCUUUCCAAUGCUCCAAAGCUUUUUGAACAUUUCAUUUUUUCAAUUCUAGCUUUAUUGUAGGUGUUUUUAAUUCAAAAUGUAGUAGUAAAAUGUUACCAAUUAUCACAAAGAGUUUGGAUAAAUAAGUCCUGAAACUAACAGUUAUUAGGGAAGAAUAAAAACUAAUUGAAAAAGUUAAUACGGUAAAUUGUUAAAUAACCUUUAAUUAUAAUUAUUAUGAAAAAAACAGAGUCAGCUUGAGGUUUUGGAUUGUUUAUGGUCUCAUCACAUAUUUUGUCUAUAUGCAUUAAUUGUAUACUUUCGUAAUGUCUUCUUUUUGAAUGUUAUUUUGACCACUUUGACUCUCCGUAGAUUUUGUUAAAUCCAUGGAAUGUGAGCGGAAAGAUUUGUCUUGGAUUAUGAAAACCAGAGAAAGCAACAAUCUCUCAUCUGAAUGUAACUUCUCUUUCUUGGCAACUGUUUUGUCAUUUUCCCAUUAUGAUGUCUUUCCUCCUUUCAUUACAUAUCUGUUAUUUAAUCACCCACUCAAGAUGCUACUACUGUUGCAAAAAGAAGCACAUUAUAAACCUAUCACCACGCCUUACCUGCAAGUUUCGUAAGACCAAUUUUACACUCACUGCUGUUCUGUCGACCUAGCUAAAACUGCUGGAUUCAGGUUUUUUUUUUCAGCUUGACUUGAAUUAUUUGUUGUUUGUUUUCUUUAUCACAGAGGAGACCACUCACUUGAGUUGUGAUUGUGGCUCUAAACAGUUCUAGUUGCAAAGAUGGAUCAAAAGUUUGUCAGAAUCAAGGAAACCAAAAUCAGGAAUACGACUGAAAUGUAGACAAAAAACAACAAAAGGCUACAUAGAAGUCUAAAAGUUGUGGGUAUCCAGGAGAAAAGCAAUGAGCGAAGACGAAAACAUGCUGCUUUCAUCACACUGUCGAUAACGUAAUAUCCUGCUGUUGUUGCUCUGGAGUGAGCCUCAGUUUUCCUCCAUGAACAUAAAUGCAAACAGUACAAGUCAACAUUUAGCAAGAGGAGAAAGUUAUGAUCGGAGCAGUGCCAAUACCUCCAGCCAUUUCUGUGAUCUAGUGGAAUGCUUGCAUGAUGUGUUCAAGUGCAUCAUUACUGUCUUUUUGUUUUGGCAAUAAAACUAAACAGAGGUUUCUGUUAACUCUGAUGAAUAAAACCUUUACACUUGAAGCCUUCAA